AUGGCUGACUCACAAGAGGACAAGCUCUACACGGCGGAAUAUGCUAAAAGCGGCCGUGCAUCGUGCAAGAAAUGCAAAGAAAACAUAGCUAAAGACUCGCUGCGGAUGGCGAUCAUGGUGCAGUCGCCCAUGUUUGAUGGGAAGGUGCCCCACUGGCAUCACUUCUCCUGCUUCUGGCAGCGUGCAGCGGCUCACUCCACUGCAGACAUUGGGGGGUUUUCUGGACUCCGCUGGGAAGAUCAGGAGAAGAUCAAGAAGGCUGUGGAGAGUGGAGGGGCUGUCUCAGGAGGAAAAGGAGACACUAAAAGUGCUGCAAAAGGAGAGAAAACCCUCAACGACUUUGCGGUGGAAUAUGCCAAGUCCAACCGCAGCACAUGCAAAGGCUGCGAACAGAAGAUUGAAAAGGACCAGAUCCGCGUGUCAAAGAAAACGGUGGAUCCAGAGAAGCCUCAGCUCGGCCUGAUCGACCGCUGGUACCACACCAGCUGCUUCGUGAGCCGCAGAGAGGAUCUGGUUUUCAAGAGCGAGUACAGCGCUGCGCAGCUGAAGGGAUUUGCUGCGCUUCGAGCCGAGGACCAGGCGGAGCUUAAAAAGAGGCUCCCUGCUGUCAAGUCAGAGGGGUGA